AAUAUUACCCUUCACGGUUUCCACGUCCCCAUCUCCUCCUCGCUCUCUUAUUUUUCUUUUCUCCCCGUCCUUCGGCUUUAAGCCAGACAUCUGCCUCUCUCCAUUUGAUCGUCAAAAUCUUUAACUUCUUAUCUCUCUAGGGACUUUUACAACAACAUUGCAGGCCGUUCUCUCUCUCCCCAUUUGUCCAUAUAAUCUGACAGACAGGCAGUUCUUUCUCUACCUUCACAUACCCUUGCCUUCUUUCUUUCCUUCUUUGUCUUUCAAAUGUACUUUCUUUAAGGUUUCCUGGCCACACCUUACCAGCAGCUCCUCAAGUCUCUCUUCUUCUUUUGAUCCCAUCCGUUACGCUCAAGAAACUCUCUCUCAAUUUCUCUUUUCCUCAGCCAAAAGAAAAAAAAAUUGUUUGUAUAUUAAUCUGUUCACUUUCAUGUGCCUCUUUUGCUGAGUUUUCUUGAACAAGAAAUCAUUUUUGAAAUGGGUUUUGCUUGUCUUGGCUAUUUUCUCUGAAAGAUUAAACACUAAGAAGUAAGAACCAUAACAUAAGCUAAAGAAAAAGAGCAUCAUGUUGGAUCUCAAUCUUGGUAUCACCUAUAGUGAUUCAUCUUGUGAUGAUAACCACAAGAAUAGUAUGAUGGUAAUCGUUGAUGUCGAGAACCACCAUCACCAAGAAGAAGAAGAAGUUUCCAGGACUCGUCAAAUGGAAGAUUCAGCUGCUUCAAACUCCUCCACUAUCAACACUACAGAAGAUGAAAACUCCUCAAACACCAGUAACUCUGCUUUCAUUUUUGAUAUCUUGAAGAAAGAUGGAAAUUUUACCAGCACUACAACCAUUGAUGCUUCAAAGCAGACAAACCCAAACUGUGAUUUCACUACCCAACAACUUUCUCCUCAAAGAAGUGGGCUGGAAUUGAAUUUGCAGCCGGGCUUGGCUGUAACAACAGCUACAAGACCACAGUGGUUGAAGCUUUCACAGAUGGGGUCUAGUGGGGAGGCAGAACUGAGAAUUGUGCAGCAAAAACAGCAGCAAGCGAGGAAGAGUAGGAGAGGACCAAGGUCUAGAAGUUCACAGUAUAGAGGAGUGACGUUUUAUAGGAGAACUGGGAGAUGGGAGUCACAUAUCUGGGAUUGUGGGAAGCAAGUAUAUUUAGGUGGGUUUGACACUGCUCAUACUGCUGCAAGGGCAUACGAUCGAGCAGCAAUUAAGUUUCGGGGAGUUGAUGCAGAUAUCAACUUUAAUCUAAGCGAUUAUGAAGAAGAUAUGAAGCAGAUGAAAAACCUUAAUAAAGAAGAAUUUGUUCACAUCCUUCGUCGCCAAAGCACCGGUUUCUCACGAGGUAGCUCAAAAUACAGAGGUGUGACUCUUCACAAAUGUGGCAGAUGGGAAGCUCGAAUGGGGCAAUUCCUUGGAAAGAAGUAUAUUUAUCUUGGAUUAUUCGACAGCGAAGUAGAAGCUGCAAGGGCUUAUGACAAGGCAGCCCUCAACUGCAAUGGAAGGGAAGCGGUAACCAAUUUUGAGCCUAGCGUUUAUAAAGGAGAUACGGUUUUCGAUACGAAUUAUGGAGGAAGUGGCCACAAUCUUGAUUUGAGCCUUGGAAUUUCUCAGCCAACGAAUGAUCCUAAAGGGAAUGACAAUUUGGGAGAUGGCCAUUGUAGUUAUGGUGGUUGUGAAAUACCCAUCAAAGGGAGACAAGCGAAGGCUGAGGGCACUGCUGCUGCACAUAUGGGUUUAGAGACGCUUCAUGGUCUACCAAUAGCAUCGAGGAACCUUCCGACAUGGUCUGGCAUGUUCCCUGGUUUAGCAUCAAGCUAUGAGGAAAGGACUCCGGAGAAGAGGUUUGAAGCAGUUUCUCCACCGAGAUUCUCAAGCUGGCCAUGGCAGAUAAAUGGCAGCAACAAUGUUGCUGCUACAAUGCCACAGCUCUGUGUUGCAGCAUCAUCAGGAUUCUCUUCUUCGACCAAAACUGUUCCUUCAGCUACUCUUCCAUUCAACCAACAGAACCAUUUCUCCAACAACAACCCGCAACUUGCUGCCUUCACCACAUCUGCCACCAACCCCUCGUUUUACUACUCUUAUACGAGCUAAUUAACGUCAACACCUUGAGUGCAUUUGCCAUUGGGCUAAAUUAAGCGAGCAAGAAAACUGAAUCAAUGGAGUCUGGAGUUGAUACUAUUUUGAUUUGUAAUAUAACAUGAAGCAUAGAUAUGCUAACAAUCUGUUCAGCUGCAUCAAGAGAAAUCGUUGACGAUUCCGAAUCCUCGUCAUUUUUCAA